AUGAGCUAUAGAAAUGCAAAAAAGCAUGUAAAAAUAAGCACAGCUAACUCAAAUAAAAGGAGCCACAAGAGAAAAGAAGUGGCUGCUUCAACAGAUAACUCUAAUGAUCCUUUAGAUAAUAUUAUUAUUCCACAAAGUAAAAAUGCAGACAUCAAAAAAGGUCAUAAGUGUUUGUCUUUAAAUAACUAUAAUAACAAUACACAAAGUAAAAGUAAAAGAGGACGCAAGAAGACACACAAAACAGCUGUAUCUCAAUCAUCACAAAUUAUUAGUGAACUUUUAAAUGACAAUGAUACUGCUCUUAAUAAUAUUUCUAAUGAUGAUGAUAUUCUUGAUGAUUAUAAUACUUCCAACAAUGUUGAUACUCUUGAUGAUAUUUUUAACAAUGAUGAUGCUUUUAACGAAGUUGAUGAACUUGCAGAUCAAGAUUUACCUUCGAGGCCAAUGUCAACAGGAUCCAAUAAUCAAAAUAUAUUAACGUUUAAAUCAAGGACUAGCAAUCAAAUUCAAAAGGAAAUUAUUUCUUCGAAUAGAACAGUGCCUUCAAGACUAGUAACGUUAAGAGAAAAUAGUCCAAUUUAUAAUAACUUAACAUCAGAGCUAGAACCAAGAAAUGAAUUUAAUUUUUCAAAUAAAAUUUCGAGGACAAAACCAAUAACAGUUUCAAAUUCAAGAAACAAUGACCAAUUUAACUAUAAUUCAAGAAAGAUACUAUUAGGGUCAGGCAAUAAUACAAUGAAUAUUCAGAUGAAUAAUACUUGUAAUAUGAUGAAUACUUUGAUCUUUCAUUCUGAAACAAUUAAUGAAGUUGUUCCUUUAUCUUUUGAUAAAAUGUUGAUUUACCAGCUCUCACCUGUUGUCGAGGGAUCACAGUUUAUGCCUUUUACUUUUCCCAGAUCAUCAACUACUAUAUUGCAAAACCAAGGGGAUAAAAUAAAGGCUAAUCGUGAUUUUUUAGAAGAACUCAAAUAUCUCUUUCUUCAUGUUCGAAAUUCUAGAAAAGGCAUAUUUGAGGAGUUGGUACUAAAAAUUUUUAGUUGUGAGCUCAAUUCCACUGAAGGUGUUGAAUAUCUUCAUAUAGCAAAUAGACAUUUUGAUAACUUUAUAAACAGCUUAGUCAAUAACAUUAUAGAUCUGAUUAGUGAUUUUAAGGAAACAAGGUCUAUGACAGGCCCUUUACAAAAAGAAGAAAUUUUAGCUUUCAUAGAUGAAUCUGCAACCUCUCACAUGCUGAAUCGGUGGUUAAAUGCCACCAAUGUCAAUGAACUAAAGAUACAAAAUUCUAUGCGUUAUUUAUGUAGAUUUAUCCAGCAAGAAUUC